GCGAGGGGAAGAUGGAGGCUGUUUCUGCGGCGGAGGCGGCGGGGCUCUCGCUUGCUGCCGGUGUCCCCCCGUUGAUUCCGGAGCGGCUCCAGCAGCGAGACGCAGAACGGCGAGAGGAGGCUGAGCGGAGGCGGCGGGAGCGCGACGCGCAGACUGUGGAAGAGGAGCAGAGCGACUUCUUCACUGCCGCCUUCGCCCGAGAGCGGGACGCCAUCGAGGCGCUGCUGGGGCCAGAGUUGGACGAGGGGGCUGCUGAGGAUGCAGCCACGCGACUGCUGGAGGAGGCCGCCGGGCGGCUGCAGAGCCUGCAGAAGCUGCUGACGGACUCGGUGCGCUUCCUGGCCCCGUAUGAGGUGCGGCAGGCGCAGGCGACGAUGGCCCGGCUGCAGAGCGCCCUUUCCGAGCGCCGCCUGCAAGUGCAGCCCAAGAAGCGCUUCGCUUUCCGGGCUCGCAAGAAGGAGUCGGCCGUGGGCCAGGAGCCCCCGAUGGCUUCCGAGCGGCCACAAGGUUCCAGUGAAGCGAUCCUUUCUCCCGCGGAUCCCGAGUGUGGGUUCAGCCGAGUCGAGGGGCAGGAGCUGCAGCUGGGCCCGGCCGACCUGCUUCAGCGGAACGUGGUAUUGUCUCACCUGACCGCUUGCCGGGUGCGGCUUUGUGGCAACCCCAACACGCUGCUGAUGCGCGGCUGCCGGGACUGCACGGUUCUCUGCGGGCCGGUGUCCACCUCGGCGCGGCUGGAAGACUGCAGCGGCUGCCUCGUGGCCCUCGCCUGCCAGCAGCUUCGCACGCACCUCGUCACCCAGACCACCUUCUACGUGCAGGUGACUUGCCGGGCCAUGCUGGAAGACUGCAGCGGAGUCCGCUUCGCCCCGUACACGUGGAGUUACGUGGGCAUCGAGGCCGACUUCGAGACAUCGGGACUUGAUAGAAGCAGAGACAACUGGAGCCAGGUGGAUGAUUUCAACUGGCUGGCUCGGGAUCAGCCCUCUCCGAACUGGAGUGUGAUCCCGGAGGAGGAGAGAGUCUGUGACUGGAGCUGAACUGGGAACACUCUAUCAGCCACUGUUGCUGCAGUGUGUAGAGGACCUGGAGCUAGUUGCAUUGCAGAUGGUGUGCUCCUUUCGAAGAAUUCAUGCACCUUAUUUGUGCUUUGGCAUCGUUUAAGCCAGAUGUUGUGAUGAAGGUGCCAAAAUACUUACCUCUGGUGAUACUUGCUUUUGCUCUGCCAGCCAGUGAAGCCUCCUGGCGCUAACAGGAUCUGUGUUGUGCUGUGUGCCUUUAGCUGGCUGCCUGAUCUUUAAAGUUGUUCAAAUUCUGCUUUGCUUUCUGGAACAAGCUUUGUAAGGGCUUCAACUUCUGUUUUAAAUAUUCUUCAUUCAAAGCAUCUCUCUGUGUAAAAAUCUUUCCUUGACUUCUACCAGUAGAAAGAAUUCCACAAAAUUCUAUUUGUAAAGUAUUGCCCAAGGAUAAAUUUAAGCUUAAGAAAACAUUAUACUCUGAUCUUGAACCUAUUUAGUGCAUAUAACUGCUUCAGUGCAGCUAAUACUUGCAAGCAAAGCCAAAGCCAAAAACUUUCAUGGGGCAAUCUCGUCAAAGUUAGAUAAAAGUCACUGGAAGAAAGUUAAGCACAUGCUUAUUUUUCUGAAAACCGUUUGUAGAACUACUUAAUAAACUGAGUUGUGUAAUUAAUCCUUAAGGGGUCUACAACUGUCAAAUUACAUUCAUGUUUAGUGUGCUAUCUAAAACAAUAUCUGCAUGUUUUGUACAAAUACAUACUGUGUCUGGGCAUUUCCCACUUCAGUGUACUAUUCAUCUUGUGUUUUGUUAACAAGGGUUAAGCAAGUUACCAAAUCUGUACCUCAUAUAACUAAAUAGAAUCAAUAUUGUCAUUACUACUCUCUCUGGAUUUUAUACUAAUGUACUAACUUUUCAAAAAUGCUAAAAGGACCUCAGUUAUUGUAUUGUUCAGGUGUUGGUUUUACUCUUAAGUACCCCUCAUG